AUGUCGGACUCCGACACGAUCAUAGCGGCUAACAGCUCAUCGGCUGCACCGAAGACGCAGCUUGUCCACCAGGACGGUGCCGAUAACGUCGCCAAGAGCAACAGCGGCGACACCGACGACAGCGGCAACGCUGCCACUUGGCAGACAGCCUUUGCAACACUGCCACCUCCUCCUGACGGCGGCUUCCGGGCCUGGGCCCAGGUCCUCGUCGCCCACCUCGGCUCCUUCAAUGGCUGGGGCUACAUGACCUCGUUCGGGCUCUUCCAGUCGUACUACACCGACACUCUACUACCAGGGACCGCCGCGUCGUCCAUCAGCUGGAUCGGCUCGCUCCAGAUCUUCCUCGCCUUCGCUAUCGGCAGCGUGUCCGGCCGUGCUCUCGACGCGGGCUACCUGCGACAGUGCGUUAUCGUGGGUAGCGCCCUGCAGGUCCUGGCUAUUAUGAUGGCGUCUAUGUCGCAGACGUACUGGCAGCUACUGCUGACGCAGGGCCUCUGUAAGGGUAUUGGCGACGGCCUCAUCUUCUGCCCAACAGUCGCCAAUGUACCCACAUACUUCUCCCGAACGGCGGCUGGCGGGCCCUGGCGAUGGGUAUCGCGGCUAUCGGGACCUCGACCGGUGCGGCUGAUGCCGAGUAUCGGCUACGGCUGGACCGUUAGAGUAAUGGGGUUUAUCGUGCUCUUCAAUGCCGCUGUGAUGCUGGCGCUCGUGAAGUCCAGAUUCGAUCGUUCGGCAAAGACAAGCGAUGACGCGGAGGCAGGCGCAGAACACGGAAGGCUCAGAAGGGUCAAGGAACGCUUUAGUGGCUUCUUCGAGUGGUCCGCCUUCCACGAGCCGCCGUACGCGCUGUUCUGCGCGGGCAUGUUCUCCGUGUGGCUCGCGCUUUACUUUGCCUUCUACUACGUCAGCCAGUACGGCAAGACCUACAUCGGUGUCGACACAUCGACCUCGCUGACCCUGCUCCUCGCUAUGAACGCCGUCGGCGCGCCAAGCCGCGUGCUCUUCGGCCUGCUGUCCGACAAGCUACUGGGCCCGAUCCGCGCGCUGAUCCUCGGCGUCCUCUGCACGGGCGUCAUGUUCUACAGCUGGAUCGCCGUCGCGGACCUGACCGCGCUCUUCGUCUUCUGCUGCCUAUACGGGUCCUUCGCGGCGGGCGUCCAGGCUCUGUUCCCGGCGACCUGCGCGGGCCUGACGCGCGACGUCCGCAGGAUCGGCAGCCGGACUGGCAUGGCAUUUGCGGUCGUCUCCGUCGCCACGCUCACGGGGCCGCCGCUGGGCGGCGCGCUCGUGCAGGCUCGCGAGGCGCAGGGCGGCGGAUACCUGUAUGCACAAAUCUUCGGGGGUAGUGUGCUCCUGGUCGGGGCCGGGUUGCUGGUGCUAUCCGGCUGGCGCCGGCAGAAGGAGGCUAGGGGCAGGGCCGGGGAAAACUGA